CAGUAGCACUUGCAGUCUGAACCUGUUUGCCAAACUGGUCUGAGUUUCCUCAUGGAUAUGUUUUGGCUUUGGUGUAACCUCCUUUUAGGGGUCAUGUUUUCUGGAGUCUGCCCUCAUUUAGCGCUGGCUCUUAAAUCCUCGCAGUACGCGCCGUAUUCCUCUCUUCCAAGACCUCGGCCACAGCAGACUCUUGCCAUGGUUCAACAGGAGCAGCACCAGCCAGAGCUCGUCAACACUGUCCGUGUGGUCUGCCAUCCUGACUCUCUAGAAGUGGUGAUUGCUGCUGAUAUGUUUGCAGUUGGCGCUCCGGUGGACAAUCGGGAGCUGCGUCUUGGUGUGGAGGACAAUGAGUUCUGCAGAGCUGCAGCUACAUCUGCAGAGGAAUAUAGGAUUGUUGUUGGGCUGGAUGACUGUGGCACCAAACACUGGAUGACUAAGGACUCCCUUGUCUACACAAACCUCCUUGUUUACUCUCCUCUGGCGUCCCCUAGUGGGGUAGUUCACAUGGAUGAGGCAGUAAUCCCAGUUGAAUGCCAUUAUGAAAGGAAGUAUGGUGUAUCCAGCUCUUCACUCAUGCCAACAUGGAUUCCCUUCGUGUCUACCCAAGCUGGAGUGGAAACUCUGCACUUUAGCUUGAAGCUAAUGAAUGAUGACUGGAUGUAUGAAAGAGGUGCCAACGUGUUUUUCCUUGGUGAGCCAAUCAACCUUGAGGCCUCCGUGAGGAUUGGUCACCACAUGGGUCUCAGAGUGUUUCUGAGCAGCUGUGUGGCCACACUUCAACCAGCUCUAAACUCUGAUCCUAAAUACAUCUUCAUUGAAAAUGGAUGCUUGGUUGACUCUCAGCUUCCAAACUCGAAGGCACAGUUUUUACCCAGGACCAGAGAUGACAAGCUGCAGUUAACCAUUGAUGCCUUUAAGUUCCACAACGAUGACAGAGGACAGCUCUACAUCACAUGCCACCUAACUGCUGUGCCAGUAAAUGAUGUUGAAGCACCAAACAAGGCCUGCACUUUCCUGAAUGGAAGAUGGAGGUCAGCUGAUGGCAACGACUACUUGUGUGGAUAUUGCAAAGCCCAAAAUCAAGUGCCAGGCAAGUCUGGCAUUCCUGGGAUGGUUGGUCCUCGUGGUUUUGGGAAGGUGGCUGCUGCUGAAUCCAUGUGGUGGAGUGGGCUGAAGACUAGCAAGGCUCUGUGGGAGCGAGAUACCAGAGUGGGUCCCCUGACUAUCCUGCCAUUAAGUAAAAGUGUACGUCUUCCUUUUGAGGAGCUCCCUAGUGUCAUCCAGAAACUUUACAGACCGACACUCUAUGGCAGCCACUGGAGAAGUGGAAUCUACAAAACUGAUCUGGGGAAGGGACUGCUUCAUGAGCGCUCUACCUCUGAACUAGAUGCUGAAAAUGAAACUGGACUGAAGGGUGACUUUGAGGAAGCUGGACUUCAUGAUGAAGCGGCUAACAAGUUCACACUGAAAUCCUUAGAUGCGUCAAUGGUCAACUACACCAAAUCUGGUUACACCAGCAGCACCUCUACAGUGAAGAAUGCAACUGCUACUGAAACCGACCUUUCUGAUCUAUCUGAACCAUUGAAAUAAAAUAUUUAUCACUGG